CGUGAGCAAUAUUUGCAGCCUCGAACUUCCUUUUGGGUUGAGCAUUAGCAAAUGCCCUACAUCCUGUGCAUAUGGAAAAAAGUAUAUAAAUACAAUUGGCUAGGUGUGCUCUUGUAGAAGCCAUUUGGUUGCCAUCUUUUCUUUCAAAUUAUGGAAGAUACUUACUCAAAAAUAUUUACUGUGUACCUCCCGGUGGUGGUUGCGUUGUACUACUUGUCUACUUUUCUACUUCCUCCUUCAAAUUUCCCCAAGAAUAUUCCUACCAUCCCCUUUUAUGUUUCUUUCUUAGGAACUUAUACCCCGUUAGAUCAACAGGAUAUAUACAAUAUCUACCUUCGAGAGAAGUUAGAAAAGUACGGAGCAGUCAAAAUUUAUUUUGCGUCCAGGUGGAAUAUUUUAGUUUCAAAGCCGGAGUAUUUGCAACAGGUUUUCAAGGAUGAAGAUAUUUUUGCCAAAAGUGGAAAUCAUAUUAAGAUUCCAAGCUCAGUCUUGGCAGCAUAUACUGGAGACAAUAUUAUCAGUGCUCAUGGUACUACUUGGAAGUUGUAUAGAGAUAUUUUGACAUCAGCCAUUCAGUUUCCGAACCUUGAGCCCAUAGCCAAAAAUUCAGAACGGUUUGUAAAUUUGGUGGAGCAAAAUAUUGCUCAUCAUGGCAGUUCAUUGCAGAUAGGUGAUAUGGUACAGCGCUUGGCUUUGCAAAACAUUGGUGAUUCCAUGUUGGGUUUAAAUCUUAAGCUCUUCGAACAAACUAAUCCUAUCAUCCACCUGAAAUUAAAGUUAGUCAAGUCGCAAAUCUUUAAACCCUUGUUCCUAAACUUUCCUUAUUUAGACACCUUUCCUAUUCCUAGCAGAGUUAAAGCGAGGAAGUCAGUUGUUGAGUUCAGGGACUAUUUCUGUAAUUUGAUUACCAGCUCUCAUACUCAACAAAGUACCUCUGGGACUGUGAGUUAUAAGUUGGUAACAGCAUUGAAAGAAGGUAAAAUAACCGAGAAACAAUUCCAUGACAAUGCUAUGAUUGUUAUGAUUGCCGGACAUGAAAACCCACAACUACUUUUGAGCUCUUUGUUCUAUGUCCUAGCCAAGAAUCCUACAGUCCAAGAAACCCUAAGGGCUAAGCUACAGGAACCAGAAGUGGCUCUUGACAACAUUGCUUACUUGAAUGCCGUGAUAUAUGAAACUUUACGGAUGUACCCACCAUUGGGACAAAUCAUCAAUAGAUGUACUACCCAAGAUGUGUUAUUGGGAAGGAAUAUUAGAAUACCCAAAGGAACCUACGUCGGGUACAAUAAUUUUGCAACCGGGCGAGACAGAACCGUUUGGGAAAAUGCAGAUAAUUUUGUUCCUGAGAGGUGGGGGACAAGUGUAGAAGAGGUCAGUAGGAAUUAUUCAAGGGCCAAAAGCAAUGCAACAUUACCAGCGUUUCAUGGGCGAAAGAGAGCAUGUCUUGGAGAAAGAUUUGCAUUAUUCGAGACAAAGCAAUGUCUACAAAAAUUGUUAAAAUCUUACCGCUUGGAACUUGAUGCUAAUUGGGUGGACAAAAUAACCCCAGGUGGGCCAGUAUCACCAAGGCUACUAUCAAUAAAGUUUACGGAAAUUACAUAG